AUGGGUAUUAAAGAUAAGUUAAAGAGAACGUCGAGAAUUUUUAUCAACGAUUCUUAUGCCAAGGAUGAUUCCAAGAACGUCACUGGCCAUGAAACAACAGCCACAGGUGCAGAGGAACCUGAAGUCAAGGAGACCAAAGAGCCAUUAGAAACUGGUGCUACCGAACAAGAAGGCGUUAUCGAAGAAGGUAACGACCCAGUUGCUCAAGAAGCCGUCGCACAAACCGAUGCCUCCGAGGGUCAAUUGCCUACCCAAGACGUUUCGGCCGUCCAAGACACUGAACUUGCCAAUGCUACCGAACCAGUUCCACCUACUGAAACAAUUGACCAAUCCGAAGCAGUUCCAGAACCUGCGUUCGCAGAAGCUGAAGCAAACCCAGAACCUGUAGUUACAGGAUCUGAAGUUCCAGACACUAACCCACAAACCGAAGCUGCUCCACAAGUAACUGAGCCAGUAUCAGAAGACGUACCAGCUGUACCAGCUGGUGAAGAAAACUCCGCUGCAGGUUCUCCAUUAGGACUCCAAGAAGCAGUCAACGACGACGCGGGUAUCUCCCGUGCCGAAGGUGCUGAAGGUGCUAAAGACACCGCCAAACCAGACUUGGCCUCGCAGGGCGAAACCGCCAAAGCCGAUGUUCAAAAGGCCUCCAAGAAUGUUAACAGCGAAGUGAAGAAGGAUGCUUUCUUCAAGAGAUUUUUAGGAAAAUUCAAGAAGUCUUCUGCCGCAAAAUAA